ACACUUAUGACUUCCUUCCCUUAACAUCCAUGAGCUAAACAACCCCGGUCUCAUGGGUAUACUUUACUAAUACGAGUUUAUUACAUGAGUUUCACUUUUUCUCAAGUAAUGGCGUGAUUCGGACUUCCGUACAGUUGCUGUUACUAUCCUGUCAGCCUUGAAGUCACUUCCAAGAAGUGUGUGGACUGAACAGAAUGCUAGCAUGUGUUAGCAAGCCACCACCGGAAGUGAUCUCGUUAGCUUCGGCAGGUGCUGUUAUGAAGCGCAUUUUCUCGUCUUUAUACUAAUGCUCUUCUUUAAUAACAUCUUCAGAAUGGACACCGAGGGAAUAGUGAUCCGAAUAAAAACUCCUUUGGGGGACAUGGAUUCUUCCGUCGACUCUCCAUCGCUGCUAAACUUCAGUGACUUACUGAUCGCUAUCAGAGAUGUUAUGCCUGAAGCUACUGUCACUGCUUUUGAAUAUGAGGAUGAGGUUGGCGACAGAAUUACCGUAAGAAGUGAUGAAGAGCUCAAAGCUAUGUUGUCAUAUUACUGCAGCACAAUGAAUGAACAGCGCAUGAAUGGCCAGCUGCCAGAUCCUCUUCAGAUAUUUCCACGAGCCGGCAAGACUCCAGGGAUCCGGAACAUACAUGGCCUGAAGGUGAAUACCAGGCCGACCCCAACUAAUGACUGCACACACGGCGUCACAGACGCCAUGGCCAACAACAGCUUAAAGCAAUCAUCUGCAGAGCUGAAGCGGAUCUUAACCAAUGGACAGAUCAAUGCCCAAGAUAUUCAAUACCAAGAGCAACUUGGGCAGGGGAAUGGAGGAACCGUGUACAAAGCGUACCAUCUUCUCGGCAAGAGGAUUUUGGCUGUUAAGGUGAUCCCUCUCGACAUCACCGUGGAGCUCCAGAAGCAGAUCAUGUCAGAGUUAGAAAUCCUCUACAAGUGUGACUCGCCCUACAUCAUCACCUUCUUCAGCGCUUUCUUUGUGGAGAACCGGAUAUCUAUAUGCACAGAAUUUAUGGACGGUGGUUCACUUGAUGUGUACAAAAGAAUCCCUGAACAUGUCCUGGGCAGGAUUGCUGUGGCAGUGGUGAAAGGCCUGACGUAUCUGUGGAGCCUGAAGAUACUUCACAGGGAUGUCAAGCCCUCCAAUAUGCUGGUGAACACCCGAGGACAAGUGAAGCUCUGCGACUUUGGCGUCAGCACUCAGUUGGUGAAUUCAAUUGCCAAAACGUACGUGGGAACAAACGCAUACAUGGCGCCAGAACGGAUAUCAGGGGAACAGUAUGGGAUCCACGCCGAUGUCUGGAGUGUUGGAAUCUCUUUCAUGGAGCUGGCCCUCGGCAUGUUCCCCUAUCCACAGAUUCAGAAAAACCAAGGAUCUUUAAUGCCUCUUCAGUUACUACAAUGCAUCGUUGAUGAGGAUCCUCCGGUUCUUCCUGCAGGACAGUUCAGCGAGAUGUUUGUUCACUUCAUCACACAGUGUAUGAGACGACAGCCCAAAGAGAGACCCGCACCCAACAACUUAAUGCAAGUCUUCCAGGUCCUGAAACAGCCCCCAGACCAUCACACUACCACCACCAUAUUUUGCUGGAGCAUUCCUUCAUCGUGCAGUACAACGACGGGAAUGCGGAAGUUGUGUCCAUGUGGGUUUGUCGCUGUUUGGAAGCGAGACGUGCUCAGCAAGCUGAAGUCCGUAACCCACGCCAUGACGGACCUUGAUUAUUUUCAGCCCAGACCCUGAAACCCCUGAAGGCAUCGGGGCCCGACGUACUGUAUCUCCACCACGGACGGCCACUACAAGAUGUUUGAGACUUUGUGCGUGACUUUUUGUGCAGUGACAAGAACUCACGUCGGUUCGGAUCGCUUCGUAAAGAUUUGAGUUUGGAACUCAGACCCGUCCGGUCCCGUCCGGUCCGGCGUCGGUCUUCUUCUUCUACAGCAAAGGUGAAAAUAAUUAACAACGUAAACAUUUAAGUUGGUCUUGUCUUAGAAACGCCUCCUAGCAAGCCAUCGAGUCGAUGUACAAGUGUUGAGCUGUCAUCUUGUCGGCGGCAUCAACCACCGCUUCAGCUUGUGUCUCAAGUAACCUCGAUUUCACGACUCGUGUUACGCUUCAUGGUUACGAUUUUUUUCCCCUUAGUCAUGUCAGCCAAAAAUGAUGGCGUCCUUGAACAUGUUCAAGGAUCAGCUCCUAUGGAAUGGACGGUGAUAACUACAAAGUGUGGUCCCGCCCUUUUUUUGGGAUCUCUUCUUCCCAGUAGGUUUGUCUCUCUCCUUCCGAUGUCCAAGACAAGACAAGACACCGGGAUAAAAGUAAGAAUAUAUUCUCCUUUUUUAUUUUUUUUUAUUACUCUUACAUUUAAUUCUGUAUUUAUGUCCUUAACGUGUUGCGUUCAGGUACAAUUUUAGUAUAAAGUCCCAUUUACGCUAAAACCAAUACAACUUUUUUUCUAAUUUUUCAUAUUAGCCUCACAUUUAUUCACACUUGUUGGUGACAAAAUUGGAAAUUUCGGCACCAGAACAAAAAAAUAAAAUAAAAUAAAAUAAAAAAAGUUAGCAAAAAACCGCCCUUUGCUAAGAAAGUGUAUAAAAUAACUUUAUAACUUUAUAAAACUUCAUUGGUUUAGCGUAAAUUUUAAUGUUCUUUUUGUGGUUCCUUUUGUGACAGCAAGUCUCCCAGUUCUGAAGCAGCUAAACAACCUCAGACCAUCACACUACCACCACCAUAUUUUACUGUUGCUAUGAAAAAUGCGAUGUACAUUCAUCUUCCAAAAAGUUAAAAACCACAGAAUUUUCCCAAAGGUUUUGGGGAUCAUCAAGAUGUUCUUAAUGUUCUUUUUGUGGUGACAAACUUGGUAAAAAUAACAAAAACUUAAAAAAAGUUAGCAAAAAAAACGCCCUUUGCUAAGAAAGUGUAUAAAAUAACUUUAUAAAACUUCAUGAUGUCACCCAAACUCGUAUGUAGCAAAGAAAAGGGACAUGAAAAGUCAAAAGACUUUCAACCUAAAAGCUUUUUAAAAAUAACAUUUUGCGUUUGACAAUCAGCAACUUGAUAAAAACUUAAAAAAAAAAAAAAAAACAUACAUAAAACAUAAGUCCGCUUUUGGUCAACUCCGUUUUUUUGUCUUAAGCCUUGGUCACAAUCGGUCAUACGGGGCUCCUUUGGAGCUCCUUCACGUGUGGAGAUCUCACUCCUACAUGGUCCUCCACAGUUAGAUUCUACACCAACAAAAAAAAAACAAUGCAACGAUUUGGGCAACACCAAAAAUCGCACGGUAAAAUAAAUCAAACAUCCGUUGGUCACCUAUAGCCUUUCGUUAAGAAGGCACCGCGCAGGUUUUCCUACAUUCAAUUCUUUAAAUGUCUUGCUUUGGCAAAAAAAAAUAAAUGUUAAACAUGUUAACAUGGUUCAUUUUUUUUAUUUAAGUCUCCCAGUUCUGAAGCAGCUAAACAGCCUCAGACCACCACACUACCACCACCAUAUUUUACUGUUGCUAUGAAAAAUGCGAUGUACGUUCAUCUUCCAAAAAGUAAAAAAACACAGAAUUUUCCCAAAGGUUUUGGGGAUCAUCAGGAUGUUCUUGGUGUUCUUUUUGUGGUUCCUUUUGUGACAGCAAGUCUUCCAGUCCUGAAGCGGUUAAACUACCACCACCAUAUUUUACUGUUGCUAUGAAAAAUGCGAUGUACGUUCAUCUUCCAAAAAAUCGCAGAAUUUUCCCAAAGGUUUUGGGGAUCAUCAAGAUGUUCUUGGUGUUCUUUUUGUUCAGCAGUGGAUUUGGUCGUGGAACUUUGCCAUGCAGGCCGUUUUUGCCUUGUGUCUUUCUGAUGGUGGAGUCUUGAGCACUGACCUUCAGUGUUGUUGUGGGGUCUUUUGUGACCUCUGGUGCUCUUGGGGUCAUUUUGGUUGACUCCUCGGAAGCUUCACCACUGUUUCAUGUUUUUCAAUGUUGUGGUUUGCUGGAUUCCCAAAGCUUUAGGUGGAGACCCGAGUUCGAUUCCACCCUCGGCCAUCUCUGUGUGGAGUUUGCAUGUUCUUCCCGUGCAUGCAUGGGUUUUCUCCGGGUACUCCGGUUUCCUCCCACAUUCCAAAAACAUGCUAGGUUAAUUAGCGACUCCAAAUUGUCCAUAGGUAUGAAUGUGAGUGUGAAUGGUUGUUUGUCUAUAUGUGCCCUGUGAUUGGAUGAAUGAAUGAAUGUUAGAUAGUGGUUUUUUUGAACGCUUGAUCAUCAUAAUUGAUGCGGCAAAGUCAAUUCUAUGCUAUUUAAGACAUGAAUAGUGUUUUUCAUUCUUGGGAAAGAAAAAUGAUUAUAUUUUUAAUUGGCGGAAUGAGAUGAAUCAAACGGUGGCUGGGGUGUCUCUCCGAACGCCGUGACCUAUCGGGAGCUUCAUUAUCAGCCGGCGACAAGGAGGUAAUGUACAUGUUUUCUUACAAGUUGACUAAUUAAUUUUGCCAGUGUAAAAAAAUUCAAUGAACAAAUGUCAUCGUUAACUCGCAAAGGACGUGUCAACCUUCAGCUUUAUUCCAUUACUUACCGGUACAGCCUAAUGUUGCCUGGUGACCACAGACCUUGGACACGUCUUUAUGUACUCAUGCAUGCGUUUUUUUAUUUCCUCUCUUUGCAGACACAAUGGCGCAGGAGCUGCGUGGAGCGUAAGCACACCAGCAAGCAUGUUAUCGGCUAAUAUGUCUGCUAAUUGAGUAUUGUUAACUUUUCCCCGAGCGAGAAGGACAAAUCGUAUGAAUAGAAUCCUGGUCUAUACAAAUUUCCAAACGGGUUUAUUUAAUCAUGAAGGAAAGCAGUCUGAUUGAGGUGACCUGCUGUGUAGAACAGCCUCCGGUUGGACCUGUUUAACUCUUUCAACGCCCUCGGUGGCGGCCAUUUUGGAUCCUCUUUCACUUCUGUGGUUACGUACCAAAACAAAGAUUAGACUGUCUUAUCUGUUAUCUGUAGUAAUCAGCAGCGGAACAUAGGUAAGUUUUGAGAAAAUAUCGGUUCCCAA